AUGUCCUACGAGAUAGACCGUAUUCCCACUGUUGAACCUUCUCUUAGAGAAAUGUCUGAAAAAGCAAUUCGAAUUCUUGAAGCACAAACCGCUAAUAGUGAUAGAGGCUCCUUUCUUAUGAUCGAAGGCAGUCGAAUCGGUACACAUGUUCAUGAAAUAUUGGCUUAUAAUGAGGUAAUUGAUUUUGUUAGCAGUUAUGUGGAUGAUCAUCCAGGAACAGUUCUCAUAUCGGUUAGUGAUCAUGAAACUGGUGGCCUAUCUCUCGCUUUACAAACGAAUUCAUCCUCCUACCCUAAAUAUCCAUAUACCGUUUUACUUAAUGGUCUUGGAAUUUAUGAUUUUACUGAUGAAGAAAUAGAUUUCUUGAUUGCAAAUCAUACUAAACAAGAAUAUGAAUAUUAUAUGGCUAACUUGACAAGUUGGAGAGCUCAAAUAGGGUGGGCAACACAUGGUCAUUCAGCUGUUGAUGUUAAUCUUUACGCCCAUGGAAUAAAGACGAGAGCAUUACGUGGAAAUCACAAAGUAAUUUAUAUUGAUCAUGUA